CCGGUAUUUCGGCCACAUGGCGAAAACCACACCUGGCUCAUACGUGUUUUCUUAGAUAUUAACGGCACUGGGGAAAAAGUGAAAACAAUCGAGGCGCUAGCUUACAAAGAAGAUAUAAAAACACAACCCCGAGUGUUAUAAAAACAUUCGACCUGUGUAAACCACUUGAGCUAUAUAAAAUGCCAAAACAUACUAUGAGAUACGUAUUUACGGAGACGAUUCACAAACUGACACCUACCAUCAAAUCUGAUAUUGAUUAUACUCGAAUUACUCAAGUGCAACAUUAAUUUGACUGAAAAACGGAUAUUCCAGUUUGCCAGCUAUGACUCUUCAAACUGACAGGUCUGGCAUUUCAAGACGACUUUCGGAACACAAGGACAUUCGGGGCGUUUCUAAAAGAAUGAAGUUUCGUCAGUUGAAUCUGAACCCGUUCCUCCGCGGCCGGUCCAAGUCCAAAAAGAAAAACGCCAAGAAGUCGGACCAUCCAAACCAAUCACCCAAGAAAGGUGACAGUAACUCGGUGAAUCAUGUGACCGAGCACCGUGACCCAAACAACCCCAGACAAGACAAUGUAUAUUUUGCAGUACGCGAGACAGACAUAGUUGACCUUGACCUAACUCAGGGUUCAUCUGACGUCAUUCAACGGGAAGAUCAAAGUCAACUAGAGUUAAGUGUAGAUAUAAAAUCUCAAUAUCGACUUCAAUUGGACGACUACUACUAUCCUAUUGGAAACGAGGGUAGCGAUUUUCAGGAGGAGCGAUGUCAUUGUGACGUCAGAUCCGGUUUCAUCAGGUGUGAUCAUUUCGUAAUUUAUGGAGAUGAAAACCAAUAUUCGAGCGGCGGAAGCCUCCCAGACAGAGCAAACAUUGAUAUCGAUCCAUAUUCUAACACAAUACGUAAAGUCAGAUCUCGGAUUAAAACCAACCCUUGGCUACCGUCACCAAAACUGAGUCCAUUAUCUCUUACGUCUCCUUCUGAAGUUCUGAGCUCGUCCGACGGAGAUUCCGGAAGUGAGGACAGCCCUGACGAAAAGGUUGACGAUUUAUAUUGCGACAAUGAAGACGCUUUCAACGACAAGGAGAACGUGAGGGAACAAUCUGAGAGCGUUUUAACGGUGACAAAUGAAGCGGGGAAUAAACCUUCGCUACAAAGUCGACUCCAGUUACAGGAUUUAAACUGCCGAUGGUCCAUCAUUUCUGAAGGGGACAUUGAUUUGACCUCCCCAACCAUUGAAGCUCUGCGUGAAAGUUUUUCUAACCUGGAACACAAAGUUAGCUUUGAAUACGAAGAUAAAGUUGACUCUGCCUUGGAGAGUGACGUCACGGCUCCACAAAGCAUCACGUGUCUUUCCAUAAACGAUCUUCUUGACGACAGCCUCAUCCAAUCAGACGACACUUCCAGUCUCCAAAGUUCAAUGACGAGUUCAGAAGAUAUUUCUAGCGUGGCUGAAAUGUCAUCUUCUCGUGAAUCUAGUGUUAUGACGGAAUCGGAAAUCGGCGCUACCACGGAGUCAGAAAACGGAGACAAUUACGAGGAUUUAUCUCCCUUAGAUGGAGAUCAUAUGUCAAAUGAAAAUGCAUUCCAUGUAAAAAUGUGCAAUAUGGACGAUUCGAUUGAUGCGGGAUAUUCCAGUUUGAGCCGAGACAGUCGAAUAAGCUCUGAUUCUGAUUCUGAUAGUUACACGACGGAGAAGAAAUUACGGAGUAUUAGAUCAACCACAGAUAUCAGCACAUUCUUCGAGGAGGAGGAGGAGGAAGAGGAGGAUGAGACGGAGGAGAAAAAGAAUCACGAGAAAGAUAUUGACGACGAAGGAUCAACUACCGACACAUACGAGAAAUUCGCCAACGACUUGCGAAAAUGUAACGCCCCUACAAGCAGAACAUUCUCCGAGGUAAGAUCAAGUCUGGAAGAAAAAGUGAAGCAACUUCGACUGGAGAAAAUGGUUGUCGAGCAGAAAAUCCGGGAAGCACAGGAAGCAGAGAAAAUCCGACUCCAGGAGAAGCUUCGAUUCAAACAGCAAAUGUCGGAACAGCGGAAAGAAGUUCUGUUACAGACACUGAACGGUCUGAAAGAUAAGCUGGAGAGUCAGUCGGAACGCCUGGAACAUAACUAUUCCGAGGUAAUCAACAUGCAGAAGAAAUACUCACGGAAACGUCACCCAUUUUUGUUUGUGGUACCAACUCCAGUGUCAUCGUAAAGACUAGCUCUGCUAAGUGAUUAUGUCGAUAUGUCAAUGUGUAUUCACGUUCUGUGGAGGAAUAACACAAUAUUAUUCCUACAGUGGAUUUAAUGGAUUUUAUUAAUUGUUAACCGUGACACCGCGAUUCGUUUUCCUAUAUCUCACAAAGAUGUGCACCAGCAAACCUGUCGUCGUAGAUCUUGUUCCUGCUGUAACUUAUUGGUCCAUCUGUAAUGUGAAAAGCGACAUCGUAUUUCAUAAAAUUAUUAGACGUCAUCGUAUUUGGUGUUCCUAUUAUGACAUCACUGGAAAAUGUGCACUCUAUGACGCGCCAUCGUAAUGUGUGUUCCUGCGAUUAUGAUAUCACUGAAAAAUGUGUAAAAUGGAGUUCGUAACCGUAAGUCAUAUUUACUGUAUAACAUCACUGGUAAUUGUGUACUAUAGUAUAUAAAACUGGCCAUUGUAAGUGGUGAAAUAGCUAUGACAUCACUGGGAAAUUUGUGCUAUCUGACGUCAUCGUAAAUUCGUGUUCCUGCUAUGACGUCACCGGAUAUGUAUCUUAUUCUACAUCGUUAAACGUGAUUGGUGUUCCUUCUAUGACAACGCUAGAAAUGUGCGCAGACUAAUAUGUUGUGAUGAAAUUGUGUUCCUGUUAUGACGUCAACAGAAAACGUGGUCUAAAUAUUGCGUCAUCAUAAUUUUGUCUCUUUAUACAGCUUACUCUGGUAACUAGUGGGACGGGUUCUUUAUAUUUGUGUAUGGACAAAAUGAACAGCCAAGAAAAGGAAUGCCCUGCAUGACGUAACAGUGACAUUGCUUGAUAAAUCUGUUUUGCGAUCGUAGGAAGUGACGUUUUCCAGAUGUAAAUCGAAUGACAGACGGAGAGCAAAAAUGGCAGCCAUCUUAAGUUACAUAUCUUAAUACCAGAACACUGUUUUAAAGACGGAUGGCUUAUGGUCGCUCUCAAGACGUCACGGAUAAACUCAAGAAAUGCACACCUUAUCAUAGAAUGUCACGUGAUAUUGUAAUGACGUUGCCAUUUCGCUUUAUAUGUUAAAAAAUUAAUCUAUGGUUUUCAUUGAAUUACGCAUGCGUCUUAUGGCGGACAGAUAAUUGAACACUUGGGAAUUUCUCGACCAUCAGCUAUAUUUUCGUGUAGUCUUUUUUCAUGUAGGGUCUUGAUUAUAAAAGUAUUAUAUUUUUUGUUAAGCGUCUUCAGAAAAGAGACUACAACACAUGUUUGGCUAUCACCAAUAUUUCGCCUAAUUUGAACAGGUUUUAUGUAGUAAAUUAUGAUGCAGUUUUCCGAAGGUCGAAACACCAUGUCGUGUCCUCGGACGAUUACGUAGACUUAAAUUGUCACAAUUCGUAUUAAAGGCGUUACACCAAUGUUUAUGUUGGGGUGAACUAAGAUAUAAACCAACGUAAAAACCCGAGUAUGUUUAUUUUACACCCUCUGGGGAGUUUUCAUUGGUCAAUAUCUAAAUUGAGGCUUGACAAAUAUUGCAUUUGAAUCCAAACCUCGCUAUCUUAUGGAGCCAAAUCAGUGACACGUGGUUAUCAAGAACCCCCUGUCGACUUAGUCAACUUUUUGAGUAAGUUCGGAUUGUCACACUUUCGAUAUGGACAUUUAAUAUCCAUUGUUAAAGCUGUAUGGUUGAGAUUUCCUACAAACGUUUGAUGUUGUAGUGUUUAAUUUGCGUUUUAAGUAGGAACAAAUCUCCUUAUAUCCCUCGAAACCCGGAAUCAACUUGUCCAACGAUUUGAACAAGUUCAUUAGGGUCAGAGAGAGACAAAUGUUUACUGUUGUUUAUUUAUGUUGAAGUGCUCUGUUGAUAUUUAUAUUGUUUUCUUAUGUAUAUGUUUGGCGAUUCAAGCGUAGAAGUGAUCACGAUUUUAUCAUCACGUUGAGAACAAAAAUGGCGGUAGACUGAAUGUCUUAAGUGAAUCUGAAUCUGAAAUCACGAUAUACUGCAACAAAUUCUAAACAAAUUCUACUUAAUAAAAUUAAAGUCUGAUCUUUUUUGUUUAUACAAUAUCGCGCUUUAGGUACCGAAAUUUGUACUGAAAUUAGAGCUACGUUUAAGUCCCCUAAAUUUAUAAUCAAGAAAAAUGAAAUGACGCUGGGGUCAUGUUACCAGAAAAAAAAAAAAAAAAACGGCGUGAAAGCUUUAAAAAACUUCCACUUGACAAUUAUAUAUAAUUAUUGAUAUAUCGAAAACAUUUUUUGUGCAUUUUAGGAAAUGGAAACAAUAUGAAUUCACACAAUAGUGAAAGUUACUAAAAUGAUUCGAUCGCUUCCACGGUUGAGUGAUGUUUUAAUUAAUUACGACCGUGAUUAGUGCUCAUUGUUAAUUUAUUAAUGUAAAUACUAAGUUUGUAUAUUUUAUUGAAAUACAUCUUGUUUACGUAAAACUUCAACUUCGACAAGUUUCUCUUAAAAUACUGAACCGAUCAAAUGAUUUAUUUGGGAAAGAAACUGUUUUUUGUGUAUUUGACGAUUUUUCACGAUUAAUUGAAAAAGAAUUGUUCGGAAGGAAUGUGUAAAUGUACAUAACUGAUCAAUAAAUUAACAUCCUUUUAUCUUUAUUGUGUUUACUUAAACUUUCAUCGAAAUAAAUAAGUUUUAUUUGUAAUCUCAAA